UCUCUCUAUCCACCGCCACCACACGACUCCACCUCCCCCGCGCAUCUCACCCUCUCCACCACCCCCGCAAACCCUAGCCGAGCUCCGGCGGCGCGACCGCGAGCGCGAGAGCGGGGCCGGGGCGAGCCGACCCGACCCGACCCGGGCCAUGGAAGGCGGCGGCCGCAAGAGGGGAAAGCCGGACGGCGCGAACGGCGCCUCUGCCGCCGCCGGCGGCGGGAAGCGCGCGCGAGAAUCGGAGUCAUUUCAAACCGGUGUAGGAAGCAAAUCGAAGCCAUGCACCAAAUUUUUCAGUACUUCUGGUUGUCCCUUUGGUGAGGGUUGCCACUUCCUCCAUCACUUCCCUGGUGGCUACCAAGCUGUUGCAAAGAUGACCAAUCUUGGUGGCCCAGCUCUUGCGCCUCCUCCAGGAAGAAUGCCAAUGGGAACUGCUGUUCCGGAUGGGCUGCCUACACCCACUGUUAAGACUCGCCUGUGCAACAAGUAUAACACUGCAGAGGGAUGCAAAUGGGGGGACAAGUGCCACUUUGCGCAUGGUGAGAGGGAGCUCGGCAAGCCUAUGUUGGACAGCUCAAUGCCACCCUCAAUGGGACCAAGGCCCACUGGUCACUUUGCACUUCCGCCAAUGCCUAACCCUGGCAUGUCCACUCCAGCAAGCUUUGGCGCUUCUGCCACAGCCAAGAUUAGUGUUGAUGCAUCCCUUGCAGGUGGCAUAAUUGGGAGGGGUGGGGUUAACACAAAGCAGAUAUCCAGAGUCACUGGGGCCAAGCUGGCUAUCCGUGAUCAUGAGUCAGACGCCAACUUGAAAAACAUUGAGCUUGAGGGCACAUUUGAUCAGAUCAAGAACGCUAGUGCAAUGGUGAGGGAGCUGAUUGUCAGUAUUGGUGGCGGUGCCCCUCCGCAAGGCAAGAAACCUACUGGAGGAUCUCACCGCGGUGGAGGCCCAGGAAGCAACUUCAAGACCAAGCUAUGCGAGAACUUCACCAAAGGAUCGUGCACUUUUGGUGACAGGUGUCAUUUUGCCCAUGGUGAAAAUGAGCUUCGCAAAUCGGCUGCUGCUUGAGAUCCAUGUGGUUUGUAGCGAUUAGUCAUUGUAACUCAACUUUGAGGGCUGAUGUUGAAUUUCUGACUGUUUAGGCUUAUGCUGUCUGUUUUACCUCCUGGACUCUAUAUUGCAUUGCAUUUUUGCGCCGUUCCUCUUCCGCCU